AUGGAAGGCGGGCCUGUGCAGGCACCGCAGGCGCCGCCGAUUGCCAUCCUGCCUACCGCUGGCCGGCUUCGGAGCGGGCUAGGCCUGCUGUGCCACUACAUCCUGCUGGUGGCGCCGCAGCUGGGCCUGCACAAGCACCUGGGCUCAUUGUGGCUCAAUGCUGCCAUCGCGGCGGGCGUCGCCAUACUGCUCUACCAGCUGCUCGCCUUCCCUCGCUGGUCGGACGAGCUGCGGCACGCGCCCCGCUUUGCACGCUCCGUGCUGUGCCUGCUGGCGGUGGUGACCCUGGAGAACUUCUGCACCUGGGCCACCAGCGCCAGCGACGCCCGCAAGCACGCCUACACGCCGCUGCAGGACAACGCGGAGAUCGCGCUGCUCUGGCUGUUCCAGCGCUACCCUGCCGCGCGGCGGCUGGCGCUGGGCUGGCGAGUCGACAUGCACUUCCUGCUGCACGCCUUCCUCUCCCUCUGCCUGUCGGCUGCCUGGGACCAGAUACCCUACUCCGGAUUCGGCAUCGCCACCCGUUUCAUGGAGACCGUCGCAUGGACUCACCUCAUCCGUACGCUGGCCUUCAUGACAACCGUCCUGCCCAACCCAAAGCGCUUCUGCUACGCAAGGAACUUCCCGCCGGUGCCAUCGGACUGGUGGCAGUUUGUGCGCAUCGGCUUCAGCGCCAAGCGCGGCAGCGGGUGCAACGACCUGGUGGUUUCGGGGCACGGCGUGGUGUAUGCGGCGGUACCGCUGGCACUGGGCACAUACUACCCGCUGCCCGCCUGGCGCGGCGGCCCGGCGCUGCUGGGCUGGUUGGCUGUGGCCAAGCUGUGCGUGCAGGAGACAGUGGACAAGACCCACUACUCUGUCGACAUGCUGCUGGCGGUGGUGCUGACUGCCCUGGUGUGGCACUGGCGCGAGGGCGCGUACCCGCCGUCGGCGACGUGGCCGCCGCGGCCGCCCGGCGCGCCCGCCGACCCGCUGCCGCUGCGCCUGGUGGCGCUCGUGGCGGCGGUGCUGGCGGUCGUGUUUGCCGGCGUGGCGGGGACGUGA